AUGGAUUAUAAUGGCUUUUCUAUGGAGUGUUAAUCAAGUCAACAACUAUGCUAUAAUACUGUGAAAGAUAUGAAGAAGAAGAAUUUGGUGAAUACGUUGUGGCAAAUAGUCAACAAGAUGUCUCGGAAGAAGGAGAAAAAGGAUAAGUGGAGUGAAAGCAACGUGAGUGAGUUCUCGUAAAACAUCAACCGAGGGGCUUUAUCGUGUUUUGCUGAGCUCUGUACAGAAUUGGCUUGCAACAACUAAAUCAAGUAAGUGGUUUACUUUUACAAUUAGGGAAGUCAAUCUAUCGAGAUGCAACAUCAACAUUUACUAUGCGAUUGAGUUGGCCAAUCUGGUUCAGAAGAACACCAACAUUUAAGUCUUAGAAUUGGCUGGGUGCAAUCUCAAUUCCUUUUCUUUGAGCUGUAUUUUCAAAUCAGUAACUUUUCCCAUAUAAGUAGAUGAUAGAUCACACAGGUCUUACACGUCUGAACCUAUCAAACAACAAGGGCUUCACCUUUUCUUCAGUCGAGGACUUCUGCAAAUUCGUGCUCAAAGGGAAAAACCCUCUAAUUGAAAUCAAUUUGAGUUUUUGCAAUCUUGACAAUGUUUCCUUGUCUCUGAUUCUCCCCAAUCUCAAAUACUUGAGGUCUCUGAAGUAAACUACACUUAAUUUUAAGGCGUUUUAUCAUUUCCUUAGUCAAAUUCAACUCUUCUGAGAGCAUCCUAGCAUUAAGUAGUGCAAUGCUCAAUUACACGGGGAACAAGUCACUUGACUAUUUAGAUCUAUCGUGGAAUCGCAUAUAGAAUCAUGGAUUGGAACUACUGAGAGUGGCAUUGUUCAUGUCAGUUCGACAGAUCAACAUUAGAUCUUUAAAUUUAGAAUACAACCAAUUGACUCAAGAUUGCAUAGAAUCAUUGGAAGCAAUCCUUUUGAAAUUGAAUAUCGAAGAAAUCAAUUUGUCAAAAAAUAAAAUUUCUGAAUUUCAAAAUCAACAACUCUUGAAUAAAAAAAUGACAAGAAUUGACCUUUCACAUAACAGAUUCGAGGAAAUUCCAAAUAAUUUCUUCCUGAAUGUCCUUUCGUUGAAUCUCUCAAACAAUUCCAUCAAGACACAAGGAGCAUAUCAGAUUUCCUAGGUUGUGAGCUCCAAGAAGGUGAUGUGGAUGGAAUUGAAUUUAAAUAAUAAUGAGAUCUCAACCUAAGGAUUUGUGUCUCUGAUCUAUGCACUAAAAGAAAAUCAAAAUUUGAUCAGCCUAUCAGUUGCCAACAAUAAUAUUAGUGGUGAAGGAAUCCUGGUCUAUGUCUUCAAUCACGAACAGUUGAAUCUGCAACACUUAGAUCUCUCCUGCAAUUAUCUCAGGUAUGAUCUAGUGUACGCCUUAAUUUCAAUGAUGAAAGAAUGUUAACUAAAGACUUUGGUGCUCUCUAAAUUGAGAUAGGAUGAAAAUGAUAUUUGCAGUGGGAGAGACGAACUAUUUGAGAUCAAAUGCACUAAUCUAAGGAUGCUCGACCUUUCUGAGAAUAGUUGCAUGAUCUCCUCUCUGCUCAAUUCCUUGUCUCUGCAAUAUAAUAGGGUCGAGUACCUAAAUCUAAAUGGUUGCUAGAUCAACAAGAGAGCUUUGAUUGAGUCCUUGUCUUCCUUUUUAAAGAGAACUCUGAGUCUUUAAACAUUAUUAUUGGCUAGAAAUAAUUUGGGCAGUUUGGAUGAAUAAAGCUUUAAGAUCUUUAAUGAUGGACUCUCAAGUAAUCAAUCCCUUACUCAUUUGGAUUUAUCUACAAACAAACUCAAAAUUAAAAUCCUUAAUCUUAUCUAUGGUUUGGCAAACUGUCGAUAUUUAAAGUUUUUAAAUAUUAGUAAUAAUUUAAUUUAUGAAACAAGAAACCUCAUUCAUGACUUCCCAAAAUUAUUUCUAAAUCCAAAUCUCUAAUCAAUAGAUAUAUCUAAGAAUUUAAUAGGAAGUCAAACCUUAUUGCACACUAGAGAAACACUCUUUAAAUAUUAUCGUCCCUUCCCACAAAUGAACUUAUCAAAACAACAAUUCACUGCCGAUGACUUACACAUAAUCACCCAAAUAAUUUCAGAGUGUCAAUCAAUCAAGAAGUUAGAACUAUCUGACAAUGACUCCCUUGACUACAUGAACAAUGUAAUGACAUACGGAGAGAACGUCAAGGUGGAAUCCCUAUCAAUAAACAAAAUCCUGUUUCGACAGGACAGCUUCUUGAAUUUACUCUACACGAUCCAGUUGAAUUUCAGACACAUAAGAUUCUUGGAAAUCUCCAAUACUUUGCUAUUUUAAGAACAACUCAUAUAAUUGUUAUCCUCAAUAAGGUUGAUCAAAAAUUUGGUUGUAAUAAUAUUGGACUAUCAAUCAUUCAAAGAGACUGAUGAACAAGUGCUUGAAGCCCUUUACUCUUGUUUAAAUUGUUUCCGCAAUCUAAAACACUUCAGUGUCAGAAAGUCUACAUUGAGUAUGCCAUUCUACGUUUUCGUUUCUGAACUGCUGCGAAAAUCCCAAAAGUUACUGGAACUAGACUUGAGUGGUAAUGUGCUGAAUGCGAAUGACUUUCAGAUCUUGUGUGAUGGAUUGAUCGUCAAUAAAAGUGUGACAAGUAUAUAUGAUAUAGUAAAUAGCUUUGAAUUUUCGAAAUUGCAAACUUACAGAUGAAUCCUGUUUAUCAUUAAUGCCUUGUCUGCAUUCUCAUUCUCAGAUUAAGAAUGUGGACAUCUCUCAGAACGAGAUUACUCUGGCGAUUCUGCAAUAGAUGGAACUAAUUUUGGGAGGACAGAGAUGCUCAGUGCAGAGUCUAAAGAUAUAGAACAUUUAAACGUAUUGGGACAUCGAAUAGGUUCCCUCUACCAAUAAAUUCAGCAAUCUUUUGCAUAAUUUAAACAACAUCGACAUUUCUAUGAAUUAUAAAUAGAAUGAGAAUUUCAUAUAGAUAUUGGAUGGAUUCAUCAAGACCAAGAUUCUUUAGAAUGUGCAGGUGUUGAGUGUGAAUAAUUGUGGGAUCAUGGAUGAUUAAUGCAAGACCUUGGCUAAUUUGAUAGAGGACAAUGCGAUAAUUCAGGAGGUUUCUUUGAUUGGCAAUAGAGUGACCAGUAGAGGAUUUAAGACUAUUUUCGAUCCCAUUCUAAGGAACAGCAGUUUUGUAUAGCAAUUGAAUGUAUCGAAGUAAGAGAAGUCUCAUUAUUAAUUUAAGAAACUUUAUCAAGGAUCAAUAUUUCAAUGAGUUGACGUCAGCUUAGAUUGUUCCUCUGAAGCAUUUCCGAAUAUUGAUAAUGGAUGGGAAUUUGUUUCAGGGAUUCAGGAAUUCGGGCCUGAUUCCGCUGUUAUAAAAGAAUCCUAAGUUGUAUAUUUAUAAUAAUUGGAUCAAUGUGACUGAAAGCUUUGCAAAACAAAUAGUUGAACAGUAUGUGAUAUUUGUUAAUGAUUAUAAUAUCUCCAAAGGGAUCCCCAAAUAUUUGACAUCUCUUAUAAUAAGGGACACCAAGUUGAGUGAUCAAUUUUAUAUUUGGUUUGGGUCCCAAUUCUUUCGAUUACCCUAUUUGGAGUACAUAGAUUUUAGAGGGAGUUCAGAACAGAUGACUAGUUUGAGCAAGAUGCAUAUGUAUAUAGACAUAGUUAAUGAGAAUUUUGUGAAUUACAAUCUGAUUGAGGUUUGUUUCGAUCAGAACUAAGACAACGAGUAAGAGCAUUAUUAACUAAUAGACCUAAUCAUUUUGAUGAUGGAUUGUUUAAGUAUUGGCUGCAAAACUUAAAGGAUUUCUUACAAAAUAAGAAUCAUAUCUCAUUGCAAAAGAUGGGAGUGAUAGUAAAUGACAUAGAGUAAGUGAGAUGGGGUAAAAUAGGCAAAUGGAUUGUUCAUAUCAUCAAUACAACCCUCAACUUGAUCUAGACUCAAAGUUACGACUUCAGAUUUAGCAGUUCAUUGCACAGUUACACACGCAAACAAUUGACUAGAAUAAGAAUCAGCAUGAUAGCAGGCACCAUCAAUGAAAUCAUUAAGAUCUCUUUGGGAAUAGGUGCUAUUCUGAUGCCUAGUCAAUUGGAUAUGGUCUUCCAGAAGUGUAAAAACUUGACCCAUUGUUUUGGAAAUGAUGUGGAUAUGGCAUUUUACGGAGAAGCCAUCUUCAUAAUAGUGUUGGUCCUUUUUCAAUCAUGCUUUGGUCUUUGGUUUUCAAUUCAAAUACGAUUGCAUGCCACUCCUGAUUACUGCAUCCAGACCUCAGAUAUGAUUCGAUACCAGCAUUUUAAAUUGGCACACAAAUCCGAAGUCUGGUUAUAUGUCUUGCAACUCAUUAUAUCAUACAAUUACUUGUUAGAAUGCAAGAUAAUUGGGUCGAUUUUUGAUAUGCUGUCAUCCAUCAACGCCAAUCCAUCAAGGGAUUUCGGAGAUCUGAAAUACAAUUUGAUUUUGAUGCUCAGUUUUAUCAUUUCACUCAUCCUUUUCAAGGCUGUUUUCUAGUUGUACAUCACAAUAAAAUCCUUACUGAUCUUCCUCUAUGCUCCUGUGGCAGAUCAAGCAAAAUUGUUUCAGGCUUGCUUCAUCAAGGUGUAGGCAGAUCAUAUGCUUAAUAUUGAGAGUGUUCUCAAGAAUUACUGUCCUCAAAGUGGCAUGUACAUCAAGGGGAAAUUGUGGAAUUACAAACAGCUUUUUGAACCUAUCCAAGGUCUGUUGGAUUUGGGGCUGUUGAUUUGCAUAGCUGCACUCCCAAAAAUCAGGAGACAAUUCUUUCUGAUAUUUCAAUUCGAAGAGUUGUACACGACUACUGACAUAAUUAUUAUGAUAUUUCUUUGCAAAUCCUCCAUUAAAAUCGUUAAGCAUUUCUAUUGUGCUCUUAUUUCGAGACCUCCUUAAUUGAAAGUGUCUGAUCUUAAUGAAGCAUUACUGAUAAGACGUUAUCAGAAAAUGGGCAAUUCACUUUAGAUUGUGUAGAAGUAUCCCAAGAUCUCUAUCAAGAAGUUAAAGAUAUCCUCUUCACAAUCGAUUGGUAAGAAGAGCAGCAUUGAUUUCAAGAUGGGAGCCUUGAUUAAAACCAGGAGUGAUCGAAGCAUCGUGAUUCAGAGAGAAAGCUUCAAUGAAGAUGAUGUGGAUUACAUUCCAGAGAGUAUCCAAAUGCCAAUGGCUCCCAUUCAAAAUAAGUCCAUGAAGAAUAUCUAAUUAAAAAACUUUUGAUUAAAUAAAUUAAUAUAAAUUUAUGUAAAAUAUUGAUAGUGUCAAAAUCAAGUUCCUGAGGAUACUUAUAAAGCAUCGCUUCGUUAAAAGAUUUCUUGGAAAACAAAAAAUUAAUGAGCAAUCAUAUUUUACUGUCAACCAAGGCGCUUUGGCCUGCUUUAGCGAAUUAUGUCAAUCUUUAUCAUGUAAUAAUCGCAUCAUGUACUACAAGUAUAUAACUUAGUGAAGUCAAUCUCUCAGGUUGCAACAUCAAUGUCUACUUUGCAAUUCAGUUGGCGAAACUAGUAUAGAAAAAUACUAAUAUCGAAGUAUUGCAAUUAGCAAGUUGCAAGUUGAAUUCAUUCUCACUAAGCUGCAUCUUUAAAGCGGUAAUAAUCUAUUGAUCAACACCGUAGAUGAUCGAUCAUACCGGAUUGGCUCAAUUGAAUUUAUUUAAUAAUUAAUCCUUUACUCCAACUGUUGUACAAGACUUCAUCAAGUAUGUUCUUAAAGGCAAGAAUCCUUUGAUUGAAAUCAACAUAAGUCAUUGCAACAUCGAAAAUGCUUAAUUAUCUAUGAUACUACCGAAUUUGAAAAAUCUCAAGUCACUUAAGAGAUUAAAGAUGGGGUUAAUGAGCUUGAGCUCUGAGUCGCUGCUAGCACUUUCCUCGGCAAUGCUACAUUACACAGGUAAAAGAUUCUUAGACUAUCUUGAUCUAUCAUUUUGCUAGAUAAAGAAUCAUGGGCUUGAAUUACUUAAUAAAUCUCUUUAUUUAUCAGUAAUAACCUCUAUUAAUAUUAAAUCCAUCAAUUUAUCUGGCAAUCACAUCAGUCAGGAUGGAGUGGUUCAUUUGGAACAGAUCCUCCUUAAAUUAAACAUAGAAGAAUUGAAUUUGUCAAGAAAUAAGAUCUAAGAAUUUUAGAACUAGUAAGUCCUCAAUAAGUAAUUAGUGAGAGUGGAUCUGUCAAGCAACAUCUUUGAAGAAAUCCCCAAUAAUUUCUUUCUGAAUGUGUUAUCAAUUAAUCUAUCGAACAAUCAGAUUAAUACUCAAGGAGCCUAUUAAAUUUCUUAAGUACUAUCCUAUAAGAAGGUUUAAUGGGUGGAUCUCAACAUCAACAACAAUUGCAUUAAAACCAGAGGCUUCAUUUCUCUGAUCUACGCUUUAAUUGAGAACAAAUCUUUAACCAAUCUAUCAGUUGCAAAUAAUAAAAUUAAUGGCGAAGGAAUCCUUGUUUAUAUCUUUAAUCACGAACAAUUGAAUCUUUAAUACUUAGAUCUAUCUCAUAAUUACUUAAGGUAUGAUUUGGUCUAUGCUUUGAUAUCUAUGAUGAAAGAAUGUAAAUUAAAGACAUUAUUGUUAUCAUAAUUGAGACAAGAUGAAAAUGAAAUUCAUAGUGGCAAAAAUGAAUUAUUCGAGAUUAAAUGUGCUAAUCUUAGAGAAAUCGAUUUUUCCUGUAAUCCAUAGAUAAUCAUGCCCAUUCUUAAAAGUUUAUCUAAACAAUAUAAUCGUCUAGAAUACUUAAAUCUAAACAAUUGUCAAUUGAUUAAGAAACCAGAAAGGGAAUCUCUAUUUAAGAAGUUAGAUACCUAAACAUUAGACAUAAAGAAACCUUUUGAUAUUCAUGUGAGAAAAUCGGAUACCUUGACAAUAGAUUUGAAGAAAUCAAGUGAGGCUAAAUUUCUGAUUUUUGAUGAACCAAUUGUUAUAGAUCAAACGGAUCAAAAAAGCUCAUAGUAACAAAAUAGCCAAGUGUUGGAAUGCAUUUAUAAUCUAUUAUCAAAGACUUAUACACUUUAAACUUUGUGUUUAGCGAAUAACAAUUUGCAUUAUUUAAAUGAAAAUGAGUUGAAACAAUUGGAGAGUUGUUUUGCUAAUAAUUUUACAUUGCUCUCCCUUGAUUUGUCAAAUAACAAAUUAAAAUCUAAAAUAGUAUUUUUGGUAAAUGGAUUAAAAAACUGUGGUUCUUUACGCUAUUUGAACAUAAGCAAUAAUCAGAUUGAAGAAGAUUAUGAGGUAAUAAUCAAAUUGCCUGAAAUUUUCAAGAAUCCAAGUUUGCAAUACAUUGAUUUGUCAUUGAAUUCUAUUCAUAGUGCCACUUUCUAGAACAUGAAAAAAAUACUAUUAAGACAGUAUAAGCAAUUCCCUUAGAUGAAUUUGAGCCAAUUAAAACUAACAGCAGACGAUCUUGUUAGCAUCAGUGAAAUCAUACGUGAAUCUUACUCAAUUAGAAAAUUGGAAUUGUUUGGCAAUCAGUCCAUUGAUUAUUUGAAUAAUGUGCUGGUGUAUGGAGACAAUAAUAAGGUUGAAACUCUUUCAAUAAACAGAUUGAAAUUGAGAAGAGAUAUUUUUGAAAAUCUCUGUUAGAUAUUGGUCUAAAAUUAAAAAUGGAUGAGGAUAAUAGAAAUAUCAAACACUUUAUUAAAAAAUUAUCAAUUGAAGAAAUUGUUAGAGCAAUUAAAAUAGAUGCACUCUUUGAAAGCACUAAUAAUGGACAAUUAAUACUUCGAUAACAAAGAAGUGGUUGAUUCCUUGAAAGAAUUGUUUCGAUCGUUUAAGAAAUUGAAGACUUUAUCGAUACGAAAGUCAACUCUUUCUGUUGAAUUUUUUGAAUUCCUUUAUCAAUUAUUAUCACAUUCUAAGAAUUUGGAAGAAUUGGAUCUUAGUAGCAAUCAAAGCAACGAUUAUGAACACAAAUGCAUCAUCUCCAAACAAGGUAUUGAACUGCUUUCAUAGGGGAUUCAAAUUACUUAAACUCUCAAGAAUCUUAAUCUAUCCAAAUGCCAAUUAGAUGACGAAGUAAUGCAGAUAUUCAUAGACACUCUACCCUUGAAUACCUCAUUGGUUCAACUAGAUAUCAGUGAAUGCAAUCUCACAAAACUAAGCUUUUUAAGAUUUAAAUAAAAUUUCAGCCAAAAUCCUUCCUUAUUACAAAAACUAUGUUGUUAAUUAAUGAUUGAUGAGAUCCCCAACAAUCUUGUUAACAGUUAGAGUCUUCCCAAUUUAUUCUAUCUUGACAUCUCCAAAAAUAAGUAAAAAAAUAGAAGUAUCGUUAAAUUAGUCCAGUGUUGCUAACCGAAUAAUAUCUUCUAAAACCUCUUUUUCCUUAAUUUGGAAUAGUGUCAUCUCAACGAUCAUCAUUGCAAAGCCUUAAGCAAAUUAAUCGUAACCAAUUUGAAGGAGCUGCAUCUCAGUCAAAACCAAAUCACCUUUGUUGGAUUUAAAGACCUGUUUGACCCUAUACUGGAGGGAAAUUCCAAACUCAAAGCAUUAAAUUUAUCUAAAAACAAAAUCAAUGAAGAAUACUUUUGCUAACUCGAAUACAAAGAACUGAAUAUGAGAAUCGACUCCCUUGAACUGUUGUCUCUUGAUGGCAAUCUUUGUUAUGGCAAGGGUUGCAAAGGGUUUAUUAAACUCUUAUCCCAAAAUCCUAAACUCUACAUCUUUAACCAUUGGGUCAACAUCAAUGACUAACUGGCUUACUUAGUAAUUUAAUCCUACAUUUAGUUCACUUAAUUGUACAACCUAAAAUAUGGUUAACAUAACUACAUAUAAUAAUUGAUUAUAAAGGAGACUGAUUUCUCAGAUGACUUUCUAAUUUGGUUUGGUUAUAAUUAUUUUCAAUUGCCCUAUUUGUAAUACAUAGAUUUCUCAAGCAAUACAAGGUUCUGUACAAGCAUGGGAAAGAUGCACAUGUAUAUAAAUAUGAUAAACAAUCAAGUCAAUUACAAUUUGCUUCAAGUUAAGUUUGAUGAAGUAGAACAACAAACCUUGACUAUGUUCGAUGACGGAUUGAUUAGAUACCAUCUGUUGAAAUAGAAAUUUCGAUUUCAAAAUUACACCAUCAUGCAAAGUAGCUAUGGCAUCAAUGAUCAAAAUAUCGAAACCAUAAAAUGGGGGUUCAUUGGGAAAUUCAUAAUCCACAUAAUAAACAAAUUGUUGUAUGUGUUUUAGGGAUCUCUAACUGAAUUCAGGAUGAGUAGUUAACUAUAGAAACACCUGAGGAGAAAAAUGAACAGAAUGAAAAUUUAUUACAUUAUGGGUUGUUUUGUAGAGCCUGUAUUUAUAAUAUUGGCACUUUUGACAGCAUUCAUGUUGUAGACUCCCUUGUCUUUACAGGACUUACAAGAUCACAGAAAUUGUCGAAAUCAAUAUUGUUUUAUUAACGACGUGUAAAUUCUCACUCUGACUUUGUUCAUAGUGGAUAUUCUCGUAAUAGUGAUGUGCAGUGUAACAAACAUGAUUAUAGCAAUCAAGUUAAGGAAUAAUUCAGAGCCAGACUUCUACAUUUUGACUUACGAAUAAAAGAAGGAAUUAAAAAGGAAAUUCCCCAUAAAAAAGGAGUUGCUUCUAUUGAUGUUGCAAAUACUACUGUAAUGCAAGUACAUUUUCGACACUCUAAUCAUAUCAUCCAGUUAUAAUAUGUCAAGUUAUAUUCAGAAAUAUGAGGACAAUUCCUUUUAAUAAAUUAAAACUAAUUUCUUAGCAACUGCUUACAUGAUGACCAUAAUGAUAUGUGUUAAAUUCACCAUUUUUUGUUAUCAGGAUGUGAAAUGCACUAUUCAAUUCUUUAAACAUCCAAAUAAGGAUGCUUCAUUUCUCUUGUCAAAUCUGUGGAUCAAGAAUAUCUAUGACACCAAUAUUCUGGUCGAGAAUGUGGUCAGCAAUUUUUGUCCACAAUCAGGAAUUAAAAUAAUGAAUAGUCUAUUUAAUUUGAAACAGAUUUUCUAACUGACUUAGUUAUUUGUAAUUGAGUUACCCACCUUCUUCAUAUAUCUAUUCUUCUUUAAUAACUACCAAUUGAUGUUUAUGAAAAUGGGCUACUAAACCGUAAUCACAGUCACCAUAAUAUUUUAAGUAAUCGGAAUGAUACGCAAUAUUAUCAAAGGUCUGUGCAAUGCCUAUUGGGCCCUAGUGUCCAGACCCCCUGUUGUGAAAUGGUUUGAUAUUAAUGAAUUCUUACUAUUACGAAGAUACCAGCACUUGGGAGAGAAGCGAUUGAUAACUCAGUCGACCAUUAAAUAGAAGAAGCAAUUCAACAGCUCCAAAAAUAUGAUCAAGAAGAAGCAGAUGCAGAAUCAACAAAUAACAUAGAAAUCAAAGAGCGAUAGAAUAAUUGAGAAAAGAAGGACAUCCAGAAGAGCCAGUGAAGAGCAUGACGAAGAAGGUAAGAUAUUCAUCUUUAAACAUAGCAGAUUACUUAGUUAAAAAAAGCCAGUUGACAACUGAAAAUAUGUAUAUAGGAACUCUUAAUACUAAAAUGAAAUCAGACUGA